CAUUUUUCCUCCACUUGCUUGGGCGGCUGAAGCGACAAAGAGGAGAAGCACCUCCCUUCUCCCAGCACAGAGGAAGGAAGUGCUGCAAGCGAGCGACUUAUCUGAUUAUUGGAGUCAGACUUUAACCUGUCCCGCACCGACCGACUGACACAACUUUCAGAAUGAAUUUAGGGGGAGGAAACCAGUGCGGACGUUGUAAGAAGACGGUUUACUUUGCAGAGGAGGUCCUCUGUGACAGUCGGAGAUUCCACAAGGCCUGCUUUGCGUGCUCCGUGUGUAGCAAGCGCUUGGACAAUACAACCGUUGCUGUUCACCUGGAUGAAAUCUACUGCAAGUCAUGCUACGGCAAGACGUACGGGCCAAAAGGUUACGGUUUCGGCGUCGGAGCGGGGACCCUUAACAUGGACAAGGGCGAGGGGCAAGGUAUCACCCGAGAAGAGCCGCCCGCUCAUCGCCCGACAACCAACACCAACCCUUCAAAGUUGGCUCAGAAAUUUGGCGGCUCUGAGAAAUGCCCUCGAUGUGGCAAGUCUGUCUACGCUGCGGAGAAAGUGAUAGGAGCUGGAAGUUCGUGGCACAAGACGGGCUGUUUCCGUUGCGCCACGUGUGGAAAGGGGCUUGAGUCGACCACGCUUGCUGACAAGGAUGGAGAAAUUUACUGCAAAGGGUGUUAUGCAAAAGAUUUUGGGCCAAAGGGGUAUGGAUACGGAAGUGGAGCCGGAGCUCUGCCACUCACUCAGUAGACGGAACCAAUUAAAGAGGAAUGACUUCAAAGAUAUCUCUGUGGAUCCAUUUCAGUAUGGGGCAUUACAUUUAUCCAUAAUGCUAAAGACAAUGUGACCAAAAAAAAAAACAUUGUAGGUGCAGGUGCACUAAAUGUUGAGGUGACUGAACCUGUACUACAGUAAACUGUAUUAAAUUAUAAAUU